UAAGGCCAGGCAUGAAUUAUACGAACGGAUGGAGAUAUCACCCAUCCGUUCUAUAAAAGUCCCGAAAGGCCCUCUCUCUCCCUUCAACUCCAGGGGCCGGUCCGCUCCCUCCCCUAGCUCCCACCGCCAGCACCACCUCAAUGGCCUCCUCCCUGGUCCCCCUCCCAUCCAUGUUCAUCGGCCUCACCGCAAUAUUCCUCCUCAUCACCGCCCCCCACGUCCUAGCCCAGGCCAAGGCCCCGGUCGCCCCCGGGCCGACCGCCGGCCCUCUCAGCCUCACCGCCAUCCUCGAGAAGAGCGGGCAGUACACCACCCUCCUGCGCCUCCUCAAGGUUACCCAAGUAGGGGAGCAGGUACAAAGCCAGCUCAACAACUCCUACGACGGCCUCACCAUCUUCGCCCCCACCGACAACGCCUUCAGCAGCCUCAAGUCCGGCGCCCUCAACAGCCUCAACCCCCAAGAACAGGUCUCUUUAGUCUUGUACCAUGUCCUGCCGAGGUACUACAGCCUGACGACCUUCCAAACCGCGAGCAACCCGGUGCGCACCCAGGCCUCCGGCAGCAAUGGAGCAGUCUACACGGUCAAUGUGACGACCAGCAGCAACCAGGCGAACGUGUCGACCGGCGUAGACGAGACGCCGAUCAGCAACGCCCUCUACUCCGAAUUCCCUCUGGCGGUCUACUCGAUCGACAAGGUCCUGCUGCCUUAUGAUCUCUUUGGGCCUAAGCCUCCAGCGCCGGCGCCGGCUCCAGUCCCGAAGAAGCACAAGAAGGCUCCAGCUGCGGCCUCGGGGCCUACGUCGGAGGCAGAGACCACCCCGUCAGCGGCUAGUUUGAAGGGGAGUGUGGGCUGGGGUUUUGUUAUGGGGGUUGGGUUGAUGAGCAUUGCGAGUCUUCUCUAGAAUGCACUGCAUGACAAUGUUAUAGCUAGGUCCUUCAUCUGCUUGUCUGGUGUUUGCCAUUGGGCUUGCCUGCAUUCAUCUUUUUCUUUGUUGUUUUUUUUUUUUUUUUUGCUGUUAUUGUUCUCUCUUUCAUGUUCUUUUAAUCUUUUUUCCAUUCUCUUUGUUUCUUAAGCAAUUGAUUGAUAUUUAAUACUUUCUCCUUUGCUGGAUUCCUUCAGUGAAA